GCUCUUUUAUCCUGUCGUCGGACCGAAAGCGAGGUGCACCGAUUCACAUGUCUAUCGUCUCGUCAAAAACCCGUUGACGUUUUGUGGUAGUUUUAAAAAUAUCAGUGCAAUAAAUAGACCAUAUAUUAAUUUGUAUAUUGCCAUGAUUGCACCAUUAAAUCAGUACAAUGAUUUGCUGUUUACUCGUGUGACCGCUUUAAUUACAACUGUAUAAAAAGCUGCGUGCAUUCAGUGAGGAGGUCACUGCUGGUUUUCAUUCCAGCAUGUCUGAGAUGACAGAAUCAGAUUUGUCCACAGACUCUUAUAAGCAUGGAUCAUCCGGUGAAGGUUCUUUUAAAAAACGACUGGGUAUUAUUGCAACUUGUGUCGUGGGAGGCUCGUUGGUGGCUCUGUAUGCGGUGACCGGUCCGUUUGUUGCACCAGCACUGAGGAAAGUUUGUCUUCCGUUCGUACCCGCAACCGGGACACAGUUAGAAAAUGUUUUCAGUGUUUUAAAAGGUAGAUCAGGGUCCCUGGUGGAUAUCGGAAGCGGAGAUGGACGGAUAGUGAUUGCUGCUGCAAAACGAGGCUUUAAGGCAGUUGGCUUUGAACUGAACCCAUGGCUGGUGUGGUACUCCCGUUACAAAGCCUGGAGGGAAGGUGUUCAUCACACCACAUCUUUUUAUAUUUCAGACCUUUGGAAGGUCAGUUUUUCAGAGUACACCAACGUGGUCAUCUUUGGGGUACCUCAAAUGAUGGAGCAGCUUGAAGUCAAACUCCAAACAGAGCUCCAGAGUUCAGCCAAAGUAGUAGCUUGUCGCUUUCCUUUUCCCACUUGGACUCCUAAUGAUGUAGCUGGAGAAGGGAUUGACACUGUUUGGGUCUAUAAUGCCAAAACAUUCAAACUUCUCAUUAGAAAUGAUAAAGACAGUGAAAGACAAGAGGUGUCACUUCAGUAGCGGUGAACUACAACACCAGUUGCUUCUUUCUUCACAACAUUUGUCUGUUAUGUAAGCUUGUAACAUUCAAUUUUGAAUUUAACAUAUGGCUGUCCUCUGUUUUAGUAUAAUAUUCCUUAUUAAAAAAAGUAUUUGGGGAAUUUGUAUUGUAGAAUUAAAUGAAUUUUGUAUAUUUGAUCAUAAUCUUAGAGAUGCAUUACAUGUAAUGCCUAAAUAAGGAUGAGAUAGAAUUAAAUUGUCAUUCAACAUGACAACAUCCUUAUUCUGACAUGUACUUAUUAAAAACUGAAUGAAGAUGC